GCGUACGCCAAUGUCCCGAUUUGACGCGCAAACAUUCCUCCCGUGAUUGUUUUUCGCGAUUUUUCUCGCAAAAAUGGAGCUAAAAGACGGGGAAAGUGCUGGAAAUGCUGAAAAUGAUGUGGAAAUUGAAAACCCGGAAAAGUCAGAGAAAGCUGAAAUUUUACAAUCUCUGGAUAAAUCGCUGGGAAAAUCAACGGAAGAGUCCCCUGAAGCCAAAAAUCUGCGUUAUUUCAAGACCAAAAAAAUUCGCUUCGGGCCGAUUGAAUAUCAAAUUGUAACCCAAAAUAUUAAUGGGCCAUGUCCUUUGAUUGCGCUGAUCAAUGCGCUGGUUUUAAAAGGAAAGCUCACAAUACCGUCAAGCUACGUGGUAACUUCCACAAAUUUGCUCAAUUUGCUCACAAAUGUCAUUUUGGCUCGAGCUCCGCCGGAAAACGACGAAAAACUGAAAGAAACGUUCGAAGCGAAUUUGGGAGACGUGAUGAAUAUUAUGGAGACACUUGUCAAUGGAUUAGAUGUUAAUGUGAAAUUUAGCGCUGUCGACACAUUUGAAUUCACGCCGGCACUAUCGUUAUUCGACUUGGUUUCAGUGAAUUUGUAUCAUGUUUGGCUACCAGAUCCGCAGUUUACAGUUCUCUACGACCUAAUUCGCAAUCUGAACUACAAUGAGCUUGUGGAGAAAAUGUGCGGCGAUCAGAGCACGGAAACUGAGCUUUUGAGGACUUUUUACGACGAAAGUAUCUCACAAAUCACAUUUCACGGCUUAGCAUCACUUAUGGAACGGAUGAAAGACGGAGAACUCGCUGUUGUAUUCCAUAAUAAUCAUUUUUCGACGAUUUUAAAGAGAAGAGACGAAAUCUUCAAAUUGGUGUCGGAUGAGGGUCUUUGCGAUGAGCCAAAUAUUGUUUGGGAGACUUUUAGCAGUGUCGAUGGAGACUGCAUUUUUGUUAAUGGAGAUUUUGGAAAUUUCAAACCAAUAACCCCACCAACAACUCACCCAUCACCUGAAUCAUUCGAAAAACUUCAAAUUUCCGAUAAUUCUCCAAUUGAACAAGGAAUUGAAGCUGUGGAGCACACUUCUGCUCAUCAUUCUGCUCCAGUGAGCCCCCAGCAUCGGGCUCCAGCUCCACCGGCUCCACAGACUGCAAGAGCUCCGCCAGAGACGUCACCAACGAGAAAUUCGGGAGCAGGCGGAAAAUCGUGUCUGAUUAUGUGAUUUUUGAGCUGAAAAUCGGAAUUUUUCACAUUUUUUUAGCUAAAAAAUGCCUGUUUUCAACUGAAUUUUACAUUAAAAAUUGCAAAAAUCUUCAUUUUCCCUAUGAAUUUCCCAGUUUUUACUCAAAAUGUACAGUUUUAUGUUGUAAAAUGCCAAUUUUCGCCGGUUUUCGUUAGUUUUUUCGGUUUUUUGUGUAUUUAUUUGCUAUAUUUUUUGAUAAAUUUGUCGCUAGAUUUUC